AUGGUCGACUUGGGGAGUUCCGCUAAUAUCAUUCGCUGGAAAGUGGUGGAAGAAAUGGGACUUACGGAAAAAAUCAUACCGGCUGCAAGGACCCUUUCUGGUUUCAACAUGUCCAAUGAAACUACUAAGGGAGUGAUUGACUUUCCCGUGGAAGCUGGAGGAGUUAUCAAAGUAACAAAGUUCUAUGUGAUUGACGACGACAUGCGAUAUAACAAAAUCUUUGGGAGACCUUGGAUCCAUGAUAUGAAGGUGGUUCCCUCAACUCUUCACUUGCUAUUGAAGUUCCCUACUCUAAAAGGGAUCAGGCAGAUCCAGGAGGAGCAGUCGAUAUCAAAAUAG